GGAAUCAGUUGACGACGCCUCAUAGGCUGCAGUGUGCGAUUCAAGGCAUAAUGGGCGUGCGACUGCGUGGAGAGGCAAGCUCCACGGGACCUGUUUCGUGAACCUUUACCGGGGGCUCCGUGCCGAGUUGUCGCGACAAGGACCCCACCAACAGCAGCCGCACCAAGAGGAUCGACCAAAGAAAGCACCUAAAGGAACACCUUCGUCUUGGAACACGGAACGACGAGUACGAAGACGCCCCGGAGCUGAAAUCGAAAAUGUGGUGUGAACAUAGGCGGGAUUGACGACUCCGAGAGGAAAAAACAUCACGCUUCGUUUGGGCCACCGUCUUGCCAGGUCACCAUGGAGUCCUUCUGCGGAUCUGCGUUUUGGGACACCGACCUUUCCUGGAACCGCAGAACGAACCCCGACUUGACAACAUGCUUCCAAGACACCGUCAUGCUGUGGGUACCGUGCAGUCUACUGUGGUUCUCCGCACCAUUCGAGUUUAUUGCCAUGGCGAAGAGCACGAACAGGAGGAGACCAUGGACUCUACUGAACAUUACGAAACUGUUUUUCUCCCUGGUGCUGAUCGCCAUUUCACUCGGCGAGCUGAUCAACUGCUUUGUGAGGCUCGGGCGAGGCUUUCCUCUUUACCCAGUCGACUACGCAGCGCCAUCAAUACGCCUCGUCACCUUCGGUCUUACCGUUUCCUUGAUCAUCGGAGGCCGACGCGCCGGCUUCUACACUUCAGCUCCACUGUGCCUGUUCUGGCUGUUGAUGUCCGUGGGCGCCAUUGUUCGCUACAGAUCGAUCAUGAUAAAAGUAUUUAAUGAGGAUCAUCUAGGCAGCGAGCACAAGAUGCAGAAUCUCGAGUUUGACUUCAUUGUGACGGUCGUCUACUUUCCUGUCGUGACUUGCCAAUUUCUGAUCAGCUGCUUCGCCGACCUGUCUCCGAGGCUUAAGCAGAAAGUGAAUGCAUGCCCCGAAACCAAGGCGUCCUUCAUAUCAGCGAUUUUCUUCUGGUGGUUCAAUGGGAUGGUGUUCCUUGGAUACAAGCAGCCAUUGCGCCUGAAUGACAUGUGGAGCUUGGACCAGGUGAACGCAACGAGAAACAUCGCCAACAACUUUGACCACUUUUAUCGUCGCGAGAGGCCGCCGAAAAAGCCCACUGCCAGAAGAAGUGGUUCCGAGACCGCAGGUCUCACAUCCUCGCCUGAAGUUGGCAUAAUGACGCCACUCUUUCGAACCUUCCUGCCCGAGCUCAUUUUGCUGGGUUUUCACAAGCUUGCCGGAUCACUGCUCACAUUCGUCAAUCCCCUGGCUUUGGACCUACUGAUAAGAUACAUGGACUCGGACGAUCCUGCAUGGCACGGAACCCUGUUCUCCUUUACCAUGUUCUUUGCCUCGAUGGCAGAGUCCCUGUUCAACAGCCAGUAUGAGUACCGCAUAUUCCUUGUGUCCAUGCGCAUGCGCUCCGCUAUGAUCAAUGCCAUCUACAGGAAGGCGCUGACGCUAUCCAGCUCUGCGAAAGGUCGCUUCACCACGGGAGAGAUCGUGAAUCUUAUGGCUGUCGACACGCAAAGGAUCAUGGAGUACAUACAGGUGUUCAAUUACUUGUGGACUACGCCCAUUCAAGUGGCCUUGGCCACCUACCUACUGUGGCAGCAGCUGGGAGUGGCUACCCUGGGUGGCCUUUUCGUCAUGGUCAGCCUUCUGCCAAUCAACGGCUGGGUCACCAUGUACCUGCGAAAGUACCAGCUCAGCAUAAUGAUACAGAAAGACCGGCGCAUCAAGCUCAUGAACGAAAUGUUGGCUGGCAUUAAAGUGCUGAAGCUGUACGCUUGGGAGACGGCCUUCCAGAAGCGAGUACAGGAUCUCCGCAAUGUGGAACUUAUUUAUUUGAAAAAGCAGGCAUACCUUAAUGCGGCCAUCGUGUUUUCCUUCGCAUGCGCACCAUUCCUGGUGGCACUAGUGAGCUUCGGUGUAUACGUCACGAUAGACAGUCAGAACAUAUUGGAUGCGAACAAAGCAUUCGUAUCGCUCACGUUAUUCAAUACCGUGAGGGUGCCGCUUGGACUCCUGCCACUGAUCGUCUCCAACACAGCCAUGUUCUUGGUGUCCCGUGACCGCAUCAACAGCUAUCUUCGCUCGGACGAUUUGGAUCCAAUGGCUGUGCAGACUGAUGCCAAUCAAGACGAGGCGGUGAAGGUAGAAGAUGCCUCGUUCGCCUGGUCUCGAGAUAGCCCAGCAAUGCUCAAUGACAUAACAGUCAGCGUGCCCAAGGGUUCACUCGUCGCCAUCGUGGGCUCAGUUGGAUCGGGCAAAUCGUCCCUGCUGUCAGCCUUCCUCGGCGACAUGAUCAAGCUCAAGGGAUCCGUAACUGUUAGCGGCUCUCUAGCCUACUCGCCUCAGCAGGCGUGGAUUCAAAAUGAGAGCGUCAGGAACAACAUCCUCUUUGGCCACAAGUACGACAAGGACCGCUACGAUCAGGUGGUUGAGGCAUGCGCCUUAGCUCCAGACCUGGCAGUGCUGCCCGCGGGUGACAGCACUGAGGUUGGUGAGAAGGGCAUCAACGUGAGUGGUGGCCAGAAGCAGCGCAUCAGCAUUGCCAGAGCAGCGUACAGUGGCCGUGACGUCUACCUACUCGACGAUCCAUUGAGCGCCGUCGACUCGCAUGUAGGCAAGCACAUCUUCGACAAGGUCAUCGGCCCCAAGGGCAUGCUACGGGACAAGACUCGCGUGCUGGUCACUCAUCGACUCUCGGUGUUGCCCGAAGUGGACACUGUGGUGGUCAUGCGGGAUGGACGCGUUUCGGACUGCGGAAGCUUCCAGGAGCUGUUGUCCCGGGGUGGCGCCUUCUCAGAGUUCCUGACGCAGUUUAUCAAGGAGAUCGAGCAGAAUGAGGAAGGUUUCUCGGAGGAAGACGUGGAACUCUUCAGCGCCAUCGCAUCGCACACGACCUUGUCUUCACCAGAGCUUGUGCGGUACCGCUCGGCACGAAGCGAAACGAGCGACAUCGAUUCGAGCGCCCCUGAGGACUCAUACCUUUCGGGCAGCAUACGACGCCGCCGGAAGUCGACAUACCGGAGCAGCGGCCACGAGUCACCUGGUGGCGCUGGAAGCAGCAUGGUGUCAAACGUGGCACGGAGCAAGCAGUCUCUUGAGGACAGGGCAUCCAAGGCCAAACUAACCGAGGAAGAGAUGGCGCAAGAGGGAUCUGUGAAGUGGCGUGUGUACUGGGACUUCGUGAAGGCCAUGGGAAUGUGGAUGACGCUGUUCUCUAUUGUGACAUUCAUUAUAUCGCACGUAUUCAAUAUAGCUGGUAGCAUCUGGCUCGGACUCUGGAGUAACGACGCCCUCGAUCUCAAACUGGCCACGGACCCCGCCCAAAGGAACUACAGGCUUGGAAUGUACGCCAUGUACGGAACCGUGGAGACCGUGUUUAUCCUGUUCGGUGGUGUGUGGCUGAACCUGGCCAUGCUGCGGGGCAGCCGCGUGGUCCACGAACGAAUGCUGCAUCGCGUGCUGCGUGCACCCAUGGCCUUCUUCGACACCACGCCCAUGGGUCGCAUACUCAACAGGUUCUCAAAGGACGUUGAUGCUGCGGACGUGACGCUGCCAUUCAAUGCCCGCAUGCUGCUCGUGCAGUUUAUGCGCACCGUGGUGGCGUUCGUGCUGAUCACUCUACAAACCCCGCUCUUCCUCACCGCCGUCCUACCGCUCUUGCUCGUAUACUACUACAUACAGAAAGUCUACAUUGCUACGUCACGGCAGUUGAAGCGGCUCGAGUCGAUCUCGCGGUCGCCGAUCUACGUGCACUUCUCGGAGACGGUUACCGGGAGCAGCUCGAUCCGGGCAUACGGCGUUGGCAAGCGAUUCGUCGACCACUCCGAUGAGCUGACAGACAUCAACCACAGCACCUACUUUCCCAGCAUCGUAGCCAGCCGGUGGCUUGCCACAAGACUGGAGUUCAUCGGCUACACCAUAGUGCUAAUAGCUGGAUUGCUGGCAGUCAGCAGCCGAGACAUCCUGUCGCCUGGCAUGGCUGGCCUUUCGGUCAGCUACGCUCUCACCGUUACGUUGACGAUGAACAUGCUGGUCCGUUCGACCUCCGACACGGAAACGAAUCUUGUCUCAGUAGAGCGCUGCUUGGAGUACACUAAGGUGACGCAAGAGGCUGCCUGGGAGAACCCUCAUUUCAAGCCGGACCCUUCAUGGCCAGUCACUGGUGAAGUCGAAUUCCAGAAUUACUCGACUCGGUACAGAGCAGAUUUGGACCUUGUCCUCAAGGGAAUAACAUGCGACAUCAAGCCUGGGGAAAAGGUUGGCAUUGUUGGCAGGACAGGCGCGGGCAAGUCUUCCCUGACGCUGGCUCUGUUCCGUAUCAUCGAGGCUGCUGGCGGCUGCAUCAACAUCGAUGGCCUGGACAUAUCCACGCUCGGGUUGUACGACCUGCGUAGGAAGCUCACCAUCAUACCACAGGACCCAGUGCUGUUCAGUGGGACACUGCGCUCCAAUCUAGACCCUUUCGAUGCUAAGUGUGAAGAGGAACUGUGGCGGGCGCUGGAGCACUCGCACCUCAAAGACUACGUCGCCACCCUGUCAGAGGGGCUCCAGCAUGAAAUUGCGGAGGGUGGUGAAAACAUCAGUGUGGGCCAGCGACAGCUUGUGUGCCUGGCUCGUGCCUUGCUGCGAAAGUCUCGCAUCUUAAUCCUGGAUGAGGCGACGGCUGCAGUGGACAUGGAGACGGAUGACCUCAUACAGGCCACCAUCCGGCGAGAGUUUGCCGACUGCACCAUCAUCACCAUCGCCCACCGGCUCAACACUAUUCUCGACUAUGACAGGGUGAUUGUCCUGGACAGUGGUGAAAUCGCAGAGAGUGACUCACCGCGGGAGCUGAUGAAGCGGGAGAGCUCAAUCUUCUACGCUAUGGCUAAAGAUGCCAACUUGGUGCAGGCGCCGCACCAGGACUGAUUUCGAAGAUCAUUUCUUGUUUCUUCGAGAAUCACCAACCAACUCUGCGAACGGCACAUCCAUGGCUUGAAAGCCUAGUUAGGUCGCUUGCCAUAGUGCCUAAGAGGAGUGCAAUUUAAAAUGCACUCAUUCAUGCUCAGGGGCAGGGACAAUUUAAGUGUCGACUAUGUAGGUCACCUAAUUUCACCACGAACGCUAAGUUUGCGUGUGGUCGUAUAGACGAUAUAUCAUGAGAUGAUGUUUUAUGUAGUGAAUUCGAAGGAAGUUUUUCUUCGAAUAUUUGGCAAUGUUUAUUCGCUCAUUCACGCGAAAUGUGAUGCUUGUAUUUAUUGAACUCACAAAUGUAUAACCGUAGUUUCUCAUUUUUAUACUUGCCACGUUUUUCCAGUAAUCAUUAAUAAUUAGUCUAUCGACAUGCCUCACUUUGAAUGACUUCUACGAGUGGUUUACAUGUGGUGAUGCAACAUUGGUGACAACCUGUGAAGUAAAGGUCAGCCUCGUAGCAGUUCUUCUAUUGUGUACUGUAGACUUUGCAAAUGGUGACAUUCGUGGACCCGUGCAACAUGACGCUGGUUUGUGUUGAAUUGACACUGAAAUUUCAGAACAAAGUAGAGUUACCGUGGGUGGGUUAUGAAUGUUUUGAAAUCCUACGUGUUCCUAUUUUAUUAAGGUGUCGGUGAGAGUAGGACAUGCAGUUGACAUGGCAGAGCCAUUACUUGUCUACUCAUCUAGGUGCUGUACAGUCGGCCAAAUCUUUACGUAUUGUGCAUUAGUGGUCAUUUUUAUGUGUAUCGCUGCUAUAUGACUGAACCAAGUUCCAAAAAAGAUGAGGACAAGCGUAUGCCAGAAAAGCACAUGUCCACGAAGCAAUUUUUUGUAAUUUUGUUCCAUAAGGUAACGCUCAGACAGCCUGAGAGACAGAGAAGUGUCAACUGCUCACAAAAGAUUUGGCCGACUGUAUGUGCGUGCAUGCAUGUAACACAACAAAUGUGGAAGGAAUGGAAGAAAAGAAGUGUGAUUUAUUUAGAGUGAAUAUGUCACUGCUGAAUCCUAAACCUCGUCGCUGGAAGUCAACAGUAUUAAAUUAUUCAAAAAGA